CAAAAUUAUUAAUACAAAAUUUCCAACCUUUUCACCACAAUCCAACGCUAAAUUAGUUCUGAAAUUCGAUCUAGAAGCAAAGCAAAUUUAGAUAUCCAAAAUGGGUGACGAAGGCGGCGGCGGCGGUGGUGGUAAGGACUUGAAGGGCUUCAUGAUGGACUUCAUGAUGGGCGGCGUGUCAGCGGCCAUUGCCAAGACGGCGGUGGCGCCCAUUGAGCGCGUGAAGCUGAUUCUUCAGGUGCAGGAGGUAUCCAAGCAGAUAGCGCAGGAUCAGCGCUACAAGGGCAUCAUUGACUGCUUCAUACGCAUACCCAAGGAGCAGGGCUUCUCGUCCCUCUGGCGCGGCAACCUGGCCAACGUAAUACGUUACUUUCCCACUCAAGCCCUCAACUUUGCCUUCAAGGAUGUGUACAAAUCGGUUUUCCUCGGCGGUGUGGACAAGCACAAGCAGUUCUGGCGUCAUUUCAUGGGAAAUCUAGCUUCUGGCGGUGCUGCAGGUGCCACCUCGUUGUGCUUUGUUUAUCCAUUGGACUUUGCCCGAACUCGUCUGGCUGCUGAUGUGGGCAAGGGCGGUAGCCGUGAAUUCAAUGGCCUCAUCGAUUGCCUGGUUAAGGUGGUGAAGACGGAUGGCCCCGUCGGACUGUAUCGCGGCUUCGUUGUGUCCGUGCAGGGCAUCAUCAUUUAUCGUGCAUCGUACUUUGGCUUCUAUGACACGUGCCGCGACUUCUUGCCCAAUCCGAGGAGCACACCCUUCUAUGUGAGCUGGGCCAUUGCCCAGGUGGUCACCACUAUCGCUGGCAUUGCCUCGUAUCCCUUCGACACGGUGCGCCGUCGCAUGAUGAUGCAGUCUGGCCUCAAGAAGUCCGAGAUGGUGUACAAGAAUACCGCCCACUGCUGGAUGAUGAUUGCCAAGCAGGAGGGCAUGGCCGCCUUCUUCAAAGGCGCCCUGUCGAACGUCAUUCGCGGCACAGGCGGCGCCUUGGUGCUCGCCAUCUACGACGAGUUCAAAAAGUACUUCUAGACACCUGCACCAAAGUGCUUGUCUCGGAGCCCCC